GUGCCUGUUAGAAUUUAACUAGGCGAGAGGCCACCUAACUAUAGCCACUAGAGAAUCAAUUCUGUGCUAUUCCGAGGAUAAACUCCUCACAUAAUUUUAGAGCACAGACAUGAUUAUACCAUGAUUUAUAAGGGGAUAAAUGGUUCCUGUGGGUUUUUCCCUCCAUCCCAUUACCACUUGUAACUAAAAGUCUGUGCUCACUAGGUGCUUUCUAAUCCUCUCAAGGUGGUGGAACCUGCGUCCUGCCGUGUUCUGCUUCUGCUCUGGCCAUGACUGGGUGGAAAUGCCUGGUGACAGGAGCAGGAGGGUUUCUGGGGCAGAGGAUCCUCUGCUUGUUGGCAGAAGAAAAGGAGCUACAGGAGAUCAGGGCCAUCUUCAGAAUCCUGAGACCAGAAAACAAGGAGCUGUUAUCUAAGCUGCAGACCAAGGUCAAGGUGACGGUGCUGGAAGGAGACAUUCUGGAUGCCCAGUGUCUGAGGAGGGCCUGCCAGGGAGUAUCUGUUGUCAUCCAUACUGCUGCUCUGAUUGAUGUCACUGGCGUCAUUCCCAGAAAGACCAUCAUAGACGUCAACCUCAAAGGUACCCAGCUUCUGUUGGAUACCUGUGUCCAAGCUAGUGUGCCAAUCUUCAUCUACACCAGUUCAACUACAGUAUCUGGGCCCAACUCCUACAAGGAGAUCAUCCAGAAUGGCCAGGAGGAAGAGAACCAUGAAUACAGGUGGACUGAACCAUACCCAUACAGCAAAAAGUUGGCUGAGAAGGCUGUGUUGGCAGCCAAUGGGUGCAUUCUUAAAGAUGGCGGCACCUUGCAUACUUGUGCCUUAAGGCCUCCAUUAAUCUAUGGAGAUGAAUGCAAAUUUAUUUCUAAUAUAGUAAAUAGUGCUCUCAAGAACAAUGGAAUCCUAGCAAAAAUAGGUCCCUUCUCUCUGGUCAACCCAGUCUAUGUGGGCAAUGUGGCCUGGGCCCACAUUCUGGCCUGCAGAGGCCUGAGGGAUCCCAAGAAGGCACCAAGCAUCCAGGGGCAGUUCUACUACAUAUCAGAUGACACACCUCCCCAAAGCUAUGAUGACUUAAAUGAUACCCUGUGCAAAGAAUGGGGCCUCCGCCGCGACUCCAGGCCCAGCCCUCCUCUCUUCCUGAUGUACUGGCUUGCCUUCCUGCUGGAAGCAGUGAGCUUCCUGCUGAGCCCCAUCUACACAUACCGACCCCCCUUUACCCGACAUUUACUGGUAGUCUCAAACAGCGCGUACACCUACUCCUACAAGAAAGCCCAGAGGCAUCUUGGGUAUGAGCCCCGCUUCUCCUGGGAGGAAGCCAAGCAGAAAACCACAGAAUGGGUUGGUUCACUUGUGAAGCAGCACAAGGGGACACUGAAGUCAAAAGCUCAGUGAUGUGGUGACAGGUGUUGGCCUGAGUGUUGUCAGGGAUGUUUGUAGCCAUCUCCACCUGGUCACCUCCAGAAAGGACGUGGGGCACAAGCCCUCAUCCACUCUUCCCUUUGACACAAGGGCCAACUAGGCUCGUCUUCAGCCAGCCACCAGGAGCCUUCCCAACCUGGGAUCCACCUAGAAGCCUCCUGCCCUAAACCUCAGCAGAGGAGCUGCUGAGCCUCACCCACAGUCCCUGCA